AUGGAAGAAACAGAAAACAAAGUCGACCCUCAAAAUGACUACGACCUCUCCAGACCCCUUACCGCAACCACCGGUCUCCGACAAGGCCUCACCUCCUACGGCGACGCUCACUUCUCCCUUUUCCUACGCAAAGUAUUCAUAAAAGCCGCCGGAUAUGGCGAAGAUGCACUUUCCCGCCCCAUCAUCGGCAUCAUAAACACUUAUUCAGCAUUCAACCCUUGUCACGCCAAUAUACCUCAGUUACUCGAAGCGGUUAAACGAGGCGUGCAUCUCCAUGGUGGUCUUGCAAUCGAAUUCCCUACCAUCAGUAUCCAUGAAUCUUUUGCUUCGCCUACGAGUAUGUAUCUCAGGAACUUGAUGGCUAUGGACACGGAAGAGAUGAUUAAAGCACAACCUGUGGAUGCGGUAGUCGCUAUUGGAGGUUGCGAUAAAACUGUGCCUGCGCAGUUGAUGNGUGGCAUUUCGGCGAACAAAGUUGUGUUGCCGUUGGUUACUGGGCCUAUGAUGCCGGGGAGUAGUAGAGGUGUUAGGGUGGGUGCGUGUACGGAUUGUAGGAGUCAGUGGGCGGCGUAUAGGGCUGGAGAGAUUGAUAUGGAGGAUAUUGCUGCUGUUAAUGAAGAGCUUGCUCCUACGGGAGGCACUUGUGGUGUCAUGGGGACUGCGAGCACGAUGGCCUGUGUGACUGUGGCACUGGGACUCAUGCCAUUUGACGGUGCAUCUGCAGCAGCAGUUUCUUCGGCACGCCUGAGGGUUGCUGAACAGACAGGUGCCAAUGCGGUUGCAGCAGCUGCUGCCCAAUGGCUGCCGCAAUCGAUACUUACGAAGGAAUCUUUUUUCAAUGCCAUCACUGUACUUCAGGCUAUUGGGNGGUCAACCAAUGCUGUUGUACACUUGAUGGCUAUUGUGAAUCGUCAUCCUGAUGUUGCUGGAUCAAUCACACUGGAGACCUUUCAUGAGGUCGGUGGAAUGACGCCACUUCUUGUUGACCUCAAGCCAAGUGGUGAUAACUACAUGACUGACUUCCACAAUGCUGGCGGCAUGCUUGCUUUGUUGCAUACACUCAAGCCACUACUACAUCUGGAAGCGAAAACGAUCAAUGGCAAGACCUUGGGAGAGGAACUCGAGGCCAGGCCAUUUAAGUCGUUCAAGUACUCAAGCGAGUUGAUAAGACCACUCUCGAACCCAAUUUAUCCAAAAUCUGCACUCGUAGUGCUGCGAGGAAAUCUCGCGCCUAGAGGAGCGGUGAUGAAAGCAGCCGCCUCGAAAGAAAGAGGUCUUCUCAGUCACAUGGGUCGCGCCGUGGUCUUCAAGAACACAGCAGACAUGGCUCAACGCAUAGACGAUCCAAACCUACCAGUGACCAAAGACUCAGUGCUGGUUCUACAAGGCGUUGGACCGAUCGGUAAUCCCGGUAUGCCAGAAGCCGGCGUCAUCCCCAUUCCUCGCAAACUCGGAGCUCAAGGUGUCAAAGACAUGUUGCGGAUAUCCGAUGGACGCAUGUCAGGCACAGCCGGUGGCACAAUUGUUCUGCGACNNAUUUCGCCAGAAUCUGCACUACCAGAUUCUGUGUUCGGAUGUGUGGAAGAUGGAGAUCUCAUCGAGUGUGAUGUCGAGAAGAGACUUUUGAGGCUGCAUGUAUCGGACGAGGAAUUGGCGCAUCGCAUUGCUGUUCGGUCAGCGGUCAAGAGGAAGGAAGAUCAUGGUACGAAGAGGAUACAUAGGAAGCAGCGUGGAUAUCGGGGGUUGUAUGAGCGUUGUGUGAAUCAAGCAGAGGAGGGUGCUGAUUUCGACUUCCUCACCGCAGCAGGACCUUCAUAG